AUGAGUUCUAUUGAAAAAAGCAUUAUUCAUGAUCAUAUCUAUUCAUCAAAUUCUACAAGAGAAAAAGAUUGCAAUCAACUAAAAAUUUCAUCAAAUAAAAAUGAUAAUUCAUUCGAAAAUCAUCGUCGAAGUAUUCGUAAAAAAUGUGAUAUUCAAACAGAUGAAGAUCGCGAAGAAUAUUUUCGACGACGGACAUUAAAUAAUACAUCGUGCCGGGUAUCUCGUAUUCAUCGUCGUUCAAAAUUAGAGAUUACAAUGAAAAAAUGCAUGGAAUAUGAAGAUUUAAAUGCAAAAUUAAUAGCUCAAACAUCACUUAUUACUCAAAUCAUUGAUCUAUUGAAAGAACAUUUACGAACUUCAGUUUCAAAUAAUCUUCAAACAAAUUAA